CCCGUUUGUUUACAAAUGGAUUUUCAUCAGCAACUUCAGCAAUGUCUAUGUUUCUGCGGGUCUAGAUAGCCUUCCUGCCUUUAAAUUUGUAUUAACACCCUAAUAAAAGUACAAAGCGAAUACAGGGACUGAAACAUGUCGGGAAAGAUUCUUCCGUUGUCUGAGUCUGUGCGCUCAAAACUGCGUUCGGGUAUCACAAUCACCUCUAUUGCCCAGUGUGUGGAAGAGAUGGUACUGAACAGCAUUGAUGCCAAUGCCACAUGCAUUGCCGUUCGAAUUGACCCAGCCAUUUUUCGCAUCCAAGUUGUCGACAAUGGUGAUGGUGUCACGGAAGAGAAUCUAAAAUUGUUAGGCAAACGACAUUCUACAAGCAAGUGCCAUAGCUUGGAAGAUCUUAACUCCAACUUGGGGCAUUAUGGCUUCCGAGGAGAGGCCUUGGCCAGUCUAGUGGAAGUAGCCGCUAUUGUGGAUAUCACCACACGACCGCGGGGAUCAGUCCAAACCUUGACCAAGAUUUUUGCGUAUGGCAAAGAGAAGUCCAUCAGUGUUUCUAAAGUUCCCAGGCCAAGUGUUGGAACCACAAUAACUGUCCAGGAUUUUAUGUACAACAUGCCUGUCCGCCGAAAGUUGAUGAAAGAGGCAAUUGACAUUGAAAACAUAAGAGUACGAUUGGAAAGCUUUGCCCUCAUACACCCAAAAAUAUCACUCAGUCUAAGAAAUGACAGUGGCCAGUCAAAGGUGAUGCACACCAAUAAAUCAAAUUCUACUUUGUCAACUUUCAUGCAGCUGUUUGGUUUGGAGAAGUCUCAGGGUCUAGUAGAGGUAGACCAUACAGUUGAUCAGUUUACAGUAACCGGUUACAUCAGUGUCCAGCCACACCUGACCAAAGCCCUGCAGUUUAUAUAUGUGAAUAAGAGAGUUGUGCUGAAAACAAAAAUACACAAGAUGAUGAACUAUCUUUUGGCUCGCACAUCGAUCAUAAGCAAUAGACUCCACCCAGCAGCACCUCUUCCAGGAAAAUCUCCUUCUAGCCCACCAAAGGGGUUGAAACUGCAUGGCAUAUAUGUAAUCAAUAUUGAGUGCCCUCCAAAAGAGUAUGACAUAUGCAUGGAUCCCACAAAGACUCUUGUAGAAUUCAGGGAUUGGGACAAGCUGCUUCUCUGUAUAGAAGAAAUGGUUAUUAAGUUUGCUGAGGAAGAGAGACUGGCCAUAUCUCUUGACGAGCGAUAUAGAAGAUCUGGGCGGGACCAGGUAAUGGCUGAGGAGGAGAGUCAGGCUGAGCCUCAUAGCAGCCAGGCUCUGUUACAGGUAUUUAGUCUCAAAAGAUCAGGAGAAAAUAGUAACUCGAAAGGGGAGCCUCAGGAGAAAUAUGGUAGAACACUCUGCACUUAUGAUAACUUGUCUGCAGUUCACAGUAUCCCUGUCAGAAGAAAAAAUAAUGACAAGAACAGUCAGAGGUAUAAUGAGAUAGAUUCUGAUGAUGAUGAAGUUGUACUGAGAGCUGAUGAGGAAAGAGAGAUUGAUAAUGAAACUUAUCAUCCAUCAGACGUAUGUGUAAGUAAAGAGACUGAUGUUCUUAUUUCAGAAAGAAUAGGUGAAAGUUGUGAUAACAAUUCUCCAAGUUCCAGCUCAAAGCAAAGCUUAUCACCGAGAAUACCAAGUACAAGAAGUCCAGAAAAAAUUCAGGAAGCCAGAAAUAAAGUUCGUAGUUCUUUAGAUAUGUUUAGGAGAAUGAUUACUCAAAGUGACAGUGAUGCAUCCACUCCACAUCCUCCUUGUGAAGAUCAUUCUGUGAGCAAGGCAACUGUUUUAAGAGAAACAGGAAGGUCAAACAGUGAAACACACGACGAAGCUUACAAUAAAGACACCAACAAAAAACGUAGUUCUUUAGAGGAAUUCAGAAGUUUUUAUAAUGAAGAUCUAAAAAAGUGUAAACAGGAAUCAUAUGAAACUCCCAAGGAACUGAUUAGAAGCCCUCCCAGAGAGCCUCCACCUCUUAGGGUAGCAUCAUCCCCUCCUACUUCUACAGAAGAUAUAUCACAAGACGCUUGUGUGCUUCCAGUAAUUAAAAAUAGGGGAGGGGAUGAAGGUCAAAAAUAUAAAAAAUCUCUCAGCAAAACCCUCAGUGAAGGAUGGAAGAAGCAUCAAGCAAAAGCUGAAUCUUUAAAAUGUCUUCAGAAAUUUGAAUUCCAAAGGAAGUCAUCUGAUCAAUCCAGAUGCAUCAAGGAGAGCACGAGUUAUGAAGUGGCGCAGAGAGGUAAGGAUAGUCCCAAAUCAGAUCUCAGCAACACUGAACGCAAGACCAGGUAUCAGACCAGGAAGUCAUUACAUCACAAAAUGAAAGACUCAGUAACAGUCCAAACAUCAGAUAUUGAAUCUGAUAAUGAUGCCAGUGGAAAAGCUGCGGAUCUUGACUGCAGCUUUAAAUUCCAGCCAGUGCUAGAGUCAGAAAUCAAUGAGGUUAAAUCUCCCGAAAAUGAAGGGAUUCUAGAUGAUACUUUUAGCCAUACGUCUACAGACAGACUUCAGAGAACGAGUUUAGGUUCUAAAAUAGUCACAUUAUCUAAAGAACCUACAGGGAGAUCUACACAAAAUGCAGUGGCAAAUGAUGAUAACAAGUGUAGUGAAAUAGGCGAUUCCAGAGAAGAGAUCGAGAGACUUAUUCCAGAUAAAAACUGUGUGGAGAACAGUAAAAAUCAUGAAGUCCAUGAACCUUCAAUAUCCCAAGCAAGUGAUACGGAAGCAUUUACAACUGAUAAUGAGCCAGACCUUGGUCAUCAAGAAGUAAACCAAUCUGGAAAUAUGAAAAAAUAUACAUUCCAGACAGAUUCUGAACAGGGAGAGAUGUCUGCGAAAGAUUAUCAUACUGCAAAGAAGAAUUCUAAUUACUAUUGUAAAGAAAUAUCCCCAACACAACCUUUUGUCAUUGAAGGUAUCUCCAGUGAAAAAAAUAAGACUUGUAGCACACAAGAAGUUAUCACAGAGCAAAGUUCAGACAAAGUGCAAGAUGAUACUCAAGAAGGUAGUAGACUUCUGUCUGCUUUUAUUGAUGAUGAUCCUGUGGACUCUACAGACAAAUGUAAUUUAAAAGGUAAUGACCUAGAGGUACCUGAUGCACCAAAGAAUGUUAAACAGUUAAAAUUGUGUCAUUCAGAAAAUGAUAAGGAUGUUUAUAUGGAGUAUGUAGGAGAGAAUCAAACUAUUUGCAACUCAAUAAAUGCUUACAAUGAACCACCUUCUAAGGACAAUUAUCCAAAUUCUGAAGUAAACUUCAGGCUUUGUGAAUCAACAUCACAAAUUAGCAGUACUGAAAAUGAUAUCACAGAAAGCCCUAUAUCUAAUGGAAGCUUUAGAGCAGCAGUUGCAGCUAUCAUAAGUAGUGAUGAGUACAGUCAAAUGGAGAUGAAGAGUCACAAUAGAUAUAUCCAAUCACCACCUCACAAUUCAUCAGAUAACCCAGGCUCGCAGAAUCCCCUAUCUGCAUCUAUUCAUUUCUCAGAGCUCACCAUACCUAGCACUGGAGAUUCUCCAUCAAUUUCUCAGUGUGCAUCAUCACUUGGUGAUACUUGUAAUGCUAAAACUCUUUUUGGCUCCAGUGUUCCAAGUCUUAGCAGUGACACUUCAUGCAUGACAGAGAAACCAGAAAGUACAAAAAGCAAAUUUCCUUCUUAUAACAUAGUUUUCCAUGGCAAAAUGAUACAUAUUGAUGGUAAAAAUCCAUCAGAAGCACCUACGGAUCAGGGAGGAGUGUGUCAUACAAUAAAUCAAGAAACAUCACCCAAGCUGUUGGAGCAAAAUAGUUCUAAUUUAGAGUCGGAAAGCUUAUUCGAAAAAACAUCUGGAAAAGAGAAAGAUGAUUUAGUAGAAUCAGAUGUUCCAAUUAAGAGCUCAAGUGGUAUAGAGUUUAGCAAUGAUAAUCCUCAGAAUUCAGAGGAUAAGGUUUUUAACAAUGAAAUUGUAAGCAAAAAGGCAACAAGAAAAAAUAAUCCAGUACAUUUAGAGGAUAACAGUAGUUGUGACACGACACACAGUUCUAAAGCUGACUGCAUAAUGGAGCACAAUCCAAAGCAGUCAGAAAGUAAUUAUCUCAGGAAUUUGUGGAAGGAAGCAAAUGAUGAAAGUGGAAGGAAAGUUUACAUAAACCUCCAAACAGGAAACACAUCUUAUGAAGCUCCAGUUGUUAAGGAAAUGCCAGAAUGGACGAGCAGCCAGCCACAAGGGGCCCCAGUUCUCAAGAUCCCUUUGUCUGAAGAACCCGAAGCCGAAGGAAGCCGCCAGAAGCAAGAUUUUGUCCUCACACAUGGAUAUAGUGCUUUCAUGUCAUGGAAAAAGAGAAGGGAAAUGCAGAAGAAAGAAAUGGAAAAAUCAGAGAUUAAGAUAUCAGGCUGUGCUUAUGAUAGCAGAGAUACACAGCAGGAUCAGUAUAGGCAAGAGGCAGUCAGCAAAGAAGGAGAAGAAUGUGAGUCACUAAUUUCUCCAGGAAUGAAGGAAGCCAUACAGUCUAUCCUGCAGGACUCAGAAAUGGAUGAUGAUUCCAUUAAGUGGUCUGAGAAACCAUCAAAUUUAGGCAGUUUAGAGGAAGAUUCAUCAGAAGUGGCCCAAAUCUGUCAAGAAUGGGAGCCACCAACAUUUGCCAUGGAUGCAGAUAUUUUGAGUUCAAAAGUUCAGGCAGGCAGUGAACGAGGAGUGAAUAAGGACUCAUCUGUAAAGAUAUAUAACAUUGUCCAUCCAUACAAGUUCUCUCAGGAGAUGCUUCAGACCUGCAGGGUAUUAGGCCAGCUGGACAAGAAGUUCAUAGCCUGUGAAAUUACUUACACUUCUUCUGAUCCAACUCUACACAAAGUGAGUGAAAUAAUAGUACUUUUUGACCAACAUGCAGUCCAUGAGAGAGUGCGUCUCGAGACCCUCACUGAAGAGAACUACGAAACCCUAGAAAAUGGAGAGCGUGUGAUUCGCACUUGUAUGAUUACACCACCCCUGGAAAUGACCCUGCCGGAGAGUGAAGUUAGACUGAUGAUGGCAUAUGCAAAAACAUUCAUACUGUGGGGUCUUCAUUUCACACAGGUCAGUGCAUCACAGGUGAAUUUCCAAUCUAUACCAAGUAUUCUGGUUGCACGGGAACGACAUGAGCUUCGUCAGCGUCGCUGCCAGUCAGCGACAGCCAUUAUUGAGAGCAUUGUGCGAGAUGUCUGUUACACCCUGCACCAGACCGGUGGUAUUGUCUCAACAAUGCCAAAACCCUUAAUGAAUGUCCUUUGCAGCCAAGCUUGUAGAGGAGCUAUCAAGUUUGGAGAUGAAUUAAGUUAUGAUGAGUGUAAAAAUCUAGUGAAGUCCCUGUCCUCUUGUGCACUGCCCUUCCAGUGUGCCCAUGGACGUCCCUCAAUCGUCCCUGUGGUUAAUCUGACACACCUUGCAAAGGGAAGGAAAAAAGAAAGGAAACCCAACUUACACAAGCUAAGAGAAGCUAUUGAGGAGGAAAUGUUGGGUGAAGAGAUCAUGGACUAAUCAAUUGGAAAAUGAAAAAUCAUCCUUGUACUGAAUGGAAUGGGUUUUGUUUUUGUGGAAAUGAGCACAUUUUUCUACUUCACCUUCAACCCAAUGCCUCUGGGAAAAUGUGGUGUUCACUGUAAUAUUGUUGUGUGGAGUGUCUCUACAGAUAGAUGGUUGUGCAAGUGCUUAGCCACAGAGGAGGCAAUUAGCAGACCUUGUAACCUUACCUAAUUUCACCUUUCCUUGAGUUUGAUAUUUUUUUCCUAACACUAUCAAUAUUGAUAGUUAUUUUUUUACUAUAGACAUCAUAAUUUAUUAAUUGUUAACAGAAAAUAAUGUCAAAAAUCAAGGAAACAGUUGAGACAGGUAGUACUCAUAAUUGGCUCAUUAGUCUCUUAGUACUUGUGGUGCCAUCUAUGUGCAAAAAUAUCACCUAUAUUAAACACAGUGGGCAUGGCAUUUACAAAUAUGCCAUCCCCAGCGGCUUGAGGUUAAAUUUGUGUGUUUGUCUUGACAUUUGAUUUGCAAGAGUAGGUCAAUGUAACAAGUUUGGUACAUAUUAAGAUUCAAAUUAUUUAUACCAAAGACUAUCAUGCCAGGUAACAGAAAUCUAGUUUUUCUGUGCAAGUGCCUUACUGGAAGAAUAGGUUGUGAUAUUUAUUUUAGAUUAAGUUCAGUGAAAUGGAUUUUGGGAAGUAGCUUUUCAAAAUGUAUAUAUUUUAAUAUACAAUAAACUUACUCUGUUAUAUGUUGUUAUCCAAGAAGAUUCCAUUAAAAGGACUUCUUUUUGUCUUUGUUUUUUGCUUUUAAAUAAAUCAGAGGUUUAUUCAUGAAGCUUUUAAUUAUCUAUUAUCACAGUUUGUUCUAUUAUCCCAAAGUUUGAACAAAAGGAAAAUUUGAAAGGCUUUAGAACCCAAUAAAAAUUUUAUUCUUAAUUUUCUUGUCUGAAAUAAAGAUAAAAUAAUAUUUAAACAAUUUAUUACUUGUGUGGCUCCAGCAAAAAGUCAACUUUACAAUGGAAGAAUGGAAAAAAAAA